AUGGAUGAAAAUCAAAUUUCAGAAGAGGAGGCGAUGAAUUCUAUUCUAAUUGAAAACAAUGAACAGGAAACGGAGAUUUGUUUACCAGAGAAAUCCGCUCAAUGUCAAGCAAUGAUUUACGAUGAGGUUAGACCUAUUAGUAGUAAGAGACGCAGAGAAGAGGAUGAGGAAGAAAGGUGGAUUACGGUUUCAAGAAAUGGGAAGAGAGUGGGACAGAAAGUUGAUGUAUAUAUUAAUUGCUUCGAAAAAUUACCUAAACAGUUUGCACUUGCAAAACUUUUAAAAACCAAUAAUGUUAUGCAUAUCAGCCGUGUGAAAUAUGUGAACGCGUAUAAAGUAUUUGUGCAGUUUGAAUGUGAAGAAAGUGCUGAUGAGCUGAUGAACUCUACACCUUUGAAGGAGUUAGGAUGGAGAUUUCAAAAGCCAUUAGAGGUUGCUUUUUCAUACGGUGUUAUUAAGGAUAUUGAGCUGGAGAUGACCGAAAAAUAA